AUGGAAAGAGUUGUCGUGGGGGAAGACAAAGUGAUCCAACCAGGAGGAGAAGUCAUUGCUGCUGAAGGAGACUCUGUCACACUCAACUGUACCUUUGAGACCAGUGAUCCACUACCAUAUUUGUUUUGGUACAAACAAGAAGUGAACAGUUACCCAAAGUACAUGUUAAGAUGUUACUUAAAAACCGUUGAUAAUGCUCCAGAGUUCAAGAAAGACAGAUUUGAUGCCGAACUCAAAGACAAAUCAGUUCAUCUGAAGAUCCAGAAUCUUCAUUUGUCAGACUCUGCUGUGUACUACUGUGCUCUGCGGCCCACAGUGACAGGAAGCAGCAAAACUUUGUACAAAAACUUGAAGAGCAAAGACAAAACCCUAAGAGAUCUACUAGAGGGGAAUCUCACACUCUCAGUCUCACACUCAGUCCAUCAUUCAAGAUUUCAUGAUAUAUCUGACUUCUCUCUUCCUUUAGAUGUCAGCUGUGAAGAACUCACUGCAGUCAAGAAGGAAGAGUCCACUUUGGAAGGAGCUCCUGUCACUCUGUCCUACAGAUAUAAAAAUACUGCAACUGGUGGUGAUCGAUUUUACUGGUAUCGACAAUUUCCAGGAAAACAUCCAGAGUUUCUGAUCUCUCACUUUGGGACAGGACUGAAGUUACUGAAUCCAGUUCCUGGAUUUUCCUUCAAAGUGAAUGAUGACAAAACACAAAUGGAUCUGCAGAUCUCCUCUGCUGCAGUGACAGACUCUGCCGUGUACUACUGUGCUGUGGAGCCCACAGUGACAGGAAACAACAAAACUCUAUACAAAAACUACCAGAAACAUCAUAAUACUACACUUUAUCCACUAGAGGGCGUUACAUACUGUGAAAGCACUGGUGAAUCAUUGAACUGA